GCAACUAAAACAAACGCGUCGUAUCAACAACAGCCGACAGAUUCGACCUUCCAAGUUCGGCCGGAACGCGAGAGAGACCCGGAGCUCUGAAGAUGGCUUCCAAGAUCGCCGCCACGGCGGCCAAGGUGCCAGCGAAGGCGAAGGGGCAGUGCAUCUGCUCGCCCACCGACCAUCCUGGCUCCUUCCGGUGCCGGCUCCACCGCGCCAGCGGUAUGCCGAGGUCGGUCUCGUGCCAGCAGUUCGGUGACCCCCACACGGCGAGCUCCCCGAUGCUCUGCUCCGCCCACAUGCCGAGGUCGGCAUCGCAGCAGCAGUUCACGCCUCCUUCCGGCUCCGGCAUUUCGAGAUCGGCGUCCCAGCAGCAGCUCCCGCGCUCCGCCGGUGUGCCAAGAUCGGUAUCGUGGCAAGAUUUUGCUCACAAGAACUGAUCAAACCUCCUGAACCAGGCUGUUCUUUUUCAUAGCUUAGUUCAGAAACUACCGAUGUAACUCCGUUUUCUAAGAUUUUUUUUUCAUUUUUUAAGGAUAGUUGUAACUAGCACUGUAAUCUUACGACCACACAAUUUUAGAGACAAUGGAAUAAACUAAUGCUGAGAUACACAGGAAAAAUCUCGUAGAAGAACCUGAACAACAGGAUGGUUCUUUUCUUUGCGGCUAACGGUGAUGAUUCCCGACAGAAAUAACUACAAGCUCUCAUCAAAUACUCCACUACUGGAAAACUAGUGCUAGGAAGA